AUGCAACAAUAUAAAACUGUUAAAUCGAAAUUAGAAGAAUCGUUACGAAAUGCUCGUGAUACCAAGUUUAAAUGUGAAGUACUUUUUCCUUGUGGUACUACAUCGAAAAUCGCUCAAGAUGUAUUACGAAUGUCUAGUCAAGAACCUUAUGGUCUGCGUGGUUGUGUACUUUAUGUGAAUUUGGAAGAAAAAAACGUGUGUCGAAAAGUUGCCUGCGUUGAAAUGGACCCUACAACUGUGGCCACUUUUGAGCUUUAUUUAACAUUGAAAGAAGACACUAGAGGAUGGUGCAUGUUGGAAAAAAUUUAUCUUACUUUGAAAGGGUGCUUUAAAAACUCCAAAUGGAAGAGUAUGCCAAAAAUCCUUUGUUCUGGUUUCAUAUUGGAGAAGAAAAAACUCUAUCGCACCAAUCAUUGA